UAUUACCUCUUAUAAGCGACUGCGACCACUUUCUGGGUGACGGUUCCAUGAUAUUCCUUUGUUUUUAACGUCUUGUUAGCAACCACUAUACACUUUGUCUGAUCUCUUAGUUCGCUGUAUGCACUACAUUACUCAGUGUAUAGAGAACUUUGAGAACAAAAACUCUGCCAAAAAAAAUGUGCGGAAACCUCUAUAUAGAAUAAUGCCUGAGUUCCAAGGCCUUCUUAAAAAUAAUGACCGGUCGCGCAGCCCGAGGUCAUUAUUUUGAGAAGGUAGAACCAGCAGGUCAUUGUGGCCACUGAAAUGGAGCAGUAGGUUAUUAUUCGUAAUAAUGACCUCCUGUUCCACGCCAUUGAGCUGCCUUUCCAUUAAUAGUCCAGUUUCGAAUUAAAAAUUACCGCUGAAUAUAAACAUUAACGACACAUUCAUACAGGGUUAGCCUCGACGUAAAGUAAAACAUUCAGAAAUUCUGGCAAGGAAGUGUUUGAAAUUUGAAUUUACACAAUAGACAGAGUAAUAAACAGGUCUUUUUCUCGUUGGAAUUUGUUAAUAUAUUACUUCAGAUUGAGGCUAAGGCUGUAAAGAAUACGUCUUCACUUCUUUAAUUCAGCGGUCAUAGCGAACUCGAAAAUGGACUAUUGAAAAUAAUAUCCUGAUCAAAACAAUGGAAAGGUGUGUUAGACUUGGAAGAGACCCUUUUUGUAGUCCAGUGUUUGGAUUUUCGUAAGCGACCACUAAAUCGCCGCAUUUUCGGCGGUCGUCUACUAAAGGUUCCAGUGUUAUUCGUCUUUAAAUCUGAUAUUCCGAUUGGUUUCGACAAAAGGUUCCUACCAAUGAAAGCUCGACAGCUAAAUCCACGGUGCUCAGUUAAUAAGCAAGGUCAGCAAUGGUCCCAAAACGUGAUCCCCCAGAACCCAUUAAAAAGAAUCCUGGAGAACAAAGAACAAACAGAACUGUCAUCAAAAAUCCUUAUGAUAAUAAUAUCAAAAAUAACCACAAGACUACUUCAUAACAUGCCGAUUGGUUUCGACAGGUUCACCAGGUGCUCAGUUAAGUGAUCCAGAACUCCGAAUCCUGGAGGACAACUACACGUGCCUCGCACUAACUCCUUUUUUUGAAACAUUUGAUGUGAACGCAUUUUUACUAGCAAUGGAAAUGACAGCAGUCAUGUUGUUUUUGAAAAGCAGAAGCGACAAUACUCGUCAAAUUUUGAUGAAACACUAGUCUGAAACUGAAGUUUUUUCAUGUCAUACCUUCUCAACCAACUCAUCUUUUCCCUGUGUAUAUAGCUUGUUCCAGGCUCCAAGAUAGUGAUGUGCAGGAUUUGUAGAGAUGUUGGAAACGAAUGCGAAAAACGUGCGGGGGCUGGGGAGAGGAGCGCAGUCUAGUUUCCAGAUCACGCGCGUACUGUUUUCCCGGACCUUGUUUGAGUAGUCCAGUACCUUACAAAAACCUCUAAUUUCAGUGGUCGUCGAAAACAAUAUUGCCUUUUGUGUUGAGGGUUAGGAUUAUUGUUUAUGUGGUUACCCUAUUGUUUUCACAGCCAGUUGUGUGAGCCGUUCAGUCAGGUGCUGUUUGUUUUUGGCACAGGUGACUGUGUGCAAAUUUAGCUGUUCUUCUUUAUUGUUGAGAUUUGCGUUUAUCUGCAAGCGUGUAAUACGAGAAUGAACAUUAGGGAGGGCGUGUCAAAUAUUUCAACUAAUAUUACGAGCAUGGUAGUUUCGUUAACUCCUCCUCCUCCUGUUUUUCAGUGUCAUUGAUUUUUUUGUUUCUGUUUUCAGCUCUCAAAACUCAUCACACUAUAUCCCUUUUGACCCUGACCUGCCGUUUAAACCAAUCACGCUGGAAAUAAAGUAAGAUCGCUUUCCUUGAAUUUACCGACUUAGCUAUCUGUAAUCAUGUUUCGCUUAGGGUUGUUUGCCGUCUGUUUGGAUCAGAAAGAUUGGAUUUAUAGAAAAGUGUCUUUUAGUUCCUCUUCUCGUCAUAGUUACCUUUUGGUCUUGCACUACAUGCUGCAAUAGGGAGCUUAAACGACGACAGUGGCGACGGCAACAAGAACGUCAAAAAAGCAAUAGACUUAGCAAAACAACAACUUUGCACGUGUAUACCGCUUUUUUGUUCUAUUCCAAGCUGCAAUUUCUUGAGGCAACAAACAAAAUAUUACAUAUUAGUUUUAGGUUGUAUGCGGACUAUCCUUGGUGAUUACGUUCUUGUGUGUUUGCCAUCGUUAAGUGUACAUAUAUAUUUUUCUUUCACUGCUAGCUCUACGUCAAGUUCGUUGGUUUUGCUAUGUGACAAAAGGUACACUUACCGUUGCCCAGAGCAGAGUAACAGGCCAAAGUUUGAUACAACCCUGACGAAGGUAUUGCUAAUGAUAACGAUGAUGAUAAUACCUUUUGCACAAUCUUUAUUGCCAUAAAAAGAAAAAGUAUACCCUGGGCUCGUUUGCAUACAGCAACUUAAAAUUUACUGCGAAUUUCCUGCAACCAUUCCCUUUGUUGUACGGAGGAUUUUCGUACAAGGUUAUCAAGGAGAAAAGCCAUGGCCUUCGAAAUAGUGGAAGCGGUUGCAAAAAUACUUCGAUGAAUCGCGAGAGGUAUCAUGCAAGUGGGAGGGAGCAGGAUAGUAGUCAAAAGAAGGUGUCAGUCAUCAUAUUGUAAAUGGAACUGAACAUUCUGGAUCUUGUGUUGUGCAGUUGUUGCUCUUGUCGUACCCCUUGUUGCACGUGCACCACUGGGCAGCCGCAACGAGAAAAAGUGUCCGAAACUGCGGCUGGGAAUGAUUCUCGUCAGGGAACAGGUCAAUCGGGGUUUUGUGUAGUUGACGCUUGAUAGCCACUGUCCACUUACGAAAUUAUCUGCUAAGAGAGGUUUGAAUUUAUUGUAAAUGCUGGUGGCUUCACGCAAGGCUUCUUGCUGGUCGAAGAACCCCCAAGACGGUCUAAAACAUUGUGUCAGUGAAGAAAUUAAAUUCAGUGUACUUUAUUUCCUUGCUCUAGGACACGUGGAAGAAAUGUCACAGAUGGCAGCUUCCGGUGGCAUACUAUUCCCAAAGUACAUAUCACUUCCGGCUGGUGUUUUCGGAUUCUCUUGGUAACGUCACGUGUCAAACUACACCGCAGACGGGUGGUCCUCGCAUGCAGGAUUUGUUUUUCCAUUUUAUACGCAAGUGUAAGGAUUAGUGCCAGUAGGUAGGUAACGUAAGUAGGUCACAUAGUUCAUCUCAUUCACAUGUAAACACUGAGUAGGGCAGUUGGUUGGUCGCUUAGGCUCCUUGACAGGCGUUCGAAGGGGAAAGGAAAAUGGGCAAUCUGGCGCAAGAAAACUUGAUGGGCACACCUCUAAUUGUCAGACUGUCAUGUUCGGUCGUUUAUAGUGUUUAGAGAGCUAGGUACAAAUUACCUAUCAUCACUUGCUAGUGAAAAAAAAAAUGGCGGGUAGUCGUCCUUAUUCUUUACUUUUUCUUUUGACGAGUGUAAGCUUAUGAUUUGUCGCAGAUGUUAUUGAUUUUGAUGCUUAAGCCCAAAGUUCAAGUGUUUAAAUAGCUCGUAAAAUAGUUUUUUUUAACUUGGUACAGACCUCUUGCCAAAAUGGCAACAUGUCGGGUCUUCUUGCCCCGGGCAAGUGGCGAACACUGGGAAGAGAGAAUGAAGGGUUGUUCUCUGUUCCCACCUGCACCAAUUUCGUUCUUCCCUCCCUUUUGAACGCCUAUCGUACAGGCGCUUGGUCGUUUUAAGUUUUAUAGAUGUUUAACUGAGAAAACUAACAGUGGUCAGUAAGUAACUUAAUGGGUCGGGUAGAAUACUUAGGGGGAAUUGUUUAUAUAAUUAACCUUUUAGGUAGCAAAAUGGUAAUCCUUUUGGUUUCCAUCGAGUUAUAUAUAGACUGGAACCAUUUGAAUGGAAGGAAGAGUGUUGUAGCCUUCGACGCAAUCGCUUUUUUGGCUCGUCACACAACUAGGUCACGCAGUUAUCGGGAAUAUCUUUGGAAAUUCCGUCACGUGACGAGCCAAGGUUUUUGGGGAGAUGUUGUUAGUUUCUGUUUUCUUGAAUAGAACAGGAAUAUCUCAAGAUGGUUCUUAACUUAAAAAACACACACGUACGUUAAAAAAUAGUCACUGUAUGUUUGGUCAUUCAUUGCUAGUUGUAACGCACAUUCAUAGAGCUCUGCCUAUGGAAGAGUACGUCAUGUUGUAGUAUGUAUCAUCAGUGAGUAUCGGUAUCUUGUUUUGUUUUGUUACAGUAACCGAAUAACUAAAGUUUAAAGUAUUUGUUAUAACACCUGUAAAUGUGGUUCGUUGGUGUUUUGUGUUCUUGUGUGUAAUCUGGGUGCGAGGUUUGUAUUGUAUUUUGCUUGUUGAAUGUUUGAGUUCAAAGAGUUGUAAGGUUAAAUAUUAUUACUUGGAAUUUGUGUUUACCUACUGACUCUAGCGAUCAUAUAAUCGUGUAAAAUGUUAUCAAGAUUGUGAGUGAGAUCCUUCGUCCAGUAAAAUUACUUCGGCUGUACUUUCCUGUGGUUUUGGAAUAUCUUUCCCAAAGGAAUCUUGGUAUAUUGCCUAGUAUAUAUUUUAGUAUAUUGCCAAUUGUUUCGCAAUAUCAAGAAAGAUUCGUAUAUGAGAAAAAAAAAGACAUUAUAGAGCAUAAUAGUCAUAGUCUUUAGAAAUAUAUUAUAGAUUUACACGAGCACAUAGCAUAUGUAGUUUAUAUAGAUACUAAACUUUUUAACGUUUCUUGUGGAACAAAACUUUAAGAAGAUAAACGUGUCUAGUGACAGUCUCUUUCCUAGUACUUCCAGGCAAGAGAGGAGCUCUGAAUUCUCUUUUGUUCCAGUCUGGUCACGCAGUUACGCAAUUCUAUCUUUUUUGUAUUGCCAGCCAACAUUGACCCAGUAUCUCUUAGUACAAAACUAUCUUGUGUGCACUUUGAAUUACCGUUGUUUAAUAUGAAUCCACCCCUCUUGCUGUAAAAAGUAAUUUCAUUAGGAUCGUCAAUAGUCCACGAUUUCUUAAGUUUUUACAGUGGCCUGGUCCACAGGUGUCUUCCGCUGUUAAUUGGAAUGCAGAGAAAGCACUGGGCACGAGUUAUGGCAGUGCGCGAAAGUUCUAAGAAUUGCGUCACUGUGGGAGAGAGGCUGAUAAAAGGCUAAUAACGCGUUUGAUUGUAAUAUUGUUGCAUUUUUUCAUAAAGCCAUUUCAGCUUCGUCGUUUACUGCCUCGGGUUUCGGGCCUUGUCACACCACGCCAGUCGUUUCAAGAUCCAUACUGAGUUAUUGCCACGUGCACGUGAAUCGAUGUACAAAGAAAAAGAAAUAGUUUGGGGAAAGGGGGUCAGAAACUAGAAAAUAAUCUUCAUGGUUGAGUAGCGCGCGACGCUGAACAGGCUUUUCAAUACAUUUGUCUUAAACAAAAACAAGUUUUAACAUUCGUAAAGCAAUAUAUUGUUAUGUAAGGAUUCAAUUGCGCCGCCUUGAUGGAGCACUCUUUAGACCAUAAACAAUUAUUCUCUUAAAAGAAGUACCUUCAACUUAAGGGAGUUUAAAUAUAUAGCGUUGCCUUGCGUUUGUGGCUGGAACCACAAACACGUCUCCGCUGACAAUAGGAAUGACUGUAUCGUCAAGUCUCCCUAUCACGGACAUUACUGGGACUGAAAGAGGGCUCUGUCUUAUAGAAAGUCAAACAUUGUGACUUAACAUCGGCAAGGACCAAUAGCAAGUCUCCAUCUUUAGUGGUAUCCGCCAUACAUCCAGAGAGUCAACGAUUAGAUGAGUAAGGCGGGGACCAACUCUAGGUGUCUAUCAUAAGAAGAUGUCCGUCUUUUAGAGCGAAUGGGGAGCUUUAGCAACGACGUCGGCGACGGCAACGGCAACGGCAACUAGGACAUCAAAAAAAGUCGUAGGUUUAAUAAGCAAAACAGCAGCUCUGCACGUGCAUCACACUUUUUGUACAUUUCUUCUCCGUAACUGCACAAUUGGACGUAAAAUUUCCUUAAGUGACGUUUAAUGAAGGACGUGAUUACACGACGACGACCCUUUGUUUUAUUCUCCUUCUAAACUUGGGCUCGAUACCCAAGAAUUCAAUAAAAUAUAAAGCGAGUUGGAAUAAUCACCGGAAAAAAACGCUUAGUCUUUUUAAUACAGUGAAACUUUCAUUUAGAGGCCAUCCUCAAGGUACCGGCUAGUGGCUGUUCAGUGGGGGUUAGCCGCUAAAUAGCGGUUCGUCAUAAAUUAGAAUCAUCUUAGCAGAAAUAUCACUUCAUUUUGAAACAAUAACACGACGGGAGCAGCAUUACUAGUCCACAAUCGGUCGUCACCCAUCUCAGACUGUAUUUUACUUCAUCGUAUUCUUAAAAUAAUGCUAGAUUAAGUGUAUCGAGCUCUUGAUGGCCGCUUAAUAGAGAUGACAACAAUGGGAGAACUCUCAUUGGGACGGCCAAAAGCUGGCCGCUUAAUACAUGUUCCAUUUGCCGUUCUUUUCUACAAUUAUUUCGACUUUGAGGGUGACCGCUUAACGGAAUUUCAACUGUAGUGAAGUUUUCAAUGCCGUCGCCUUCGUCGUUGCUGAAGUGCCCCUAAUACUCUAGUGAAAGUGAUUAACUAGGAAUAGGCUCAAGAAAGGUGCUCCAACUAGACGAGCAGUUGACAUUUUGCACUAAUUUUUUUUAGCUUCUCGUCAAAAUUGAUUACGGACAGGGCGCUGGAUGGCCUGUGCACGGCCGCCGCGGAGGGCGCGCAGUACACAGGCUAGGCGCUGGAUUGAAAACGGUUGUUAUGCUAAGCCCAGUUCCCACUCCAUUUGGUAAAAUUCUGGUAAGUUUACGAUAGGAGUGUUUUUACAUUCAUAAUGGACAAUUUAGCACAAUUUUAAUGCUUCAGAAAAUUGAGGACCAUUUUUACGAAUUCAUUUCAAUCAAACGCCGAAUUCUGUAAAUA